AUUCCCACCACACCAAGUGUAUCAUAGUUUACUAUUUAUUGAUACAUGAAGUGUGUAUCUCCUACCUUGUAAAAAGCAAGCCCACCAAUCAACUAGAAGCAGUAGCAACAAUGUCCAAUAACCAACCAGAAUGGCCUGAACCAAUAAUCAGGGUUCAAUCUUUGUCCAAAAGUUGCAAAGAUUCAAUCCCUGAAAGGUAUAUCAAGCCCUCUACUGAUAGGCCAUCAAUAAGCUCUUCUUCUUGUGAUGAUGUUGAUGCCAAUAUCCCAAUCAUAGACCUCGGAGGUCUAUAUGGUGACCAAGAUACCCAAGCCUCAAUCCUUAAGCAAAUCUCAGACGCUUGCAAUGAGUGGGGUUUCUUCCAAAUCAUAAACCAUGGUGUUAGCCCUGAUUUGAUGGACAAGGCUAGGGAAACAUGGCGUCAAUUUUUUCACUUGCCUAUGGAGGUGAAGCAGCAAUAUGCAAACUCACCAAAAACUUAUGAAGGGUAUGGUAGCAGGCUUGGAGUUGAGAAAGGUGCUAUUCUUGAUUGGAGUGAUUAUUACUAUCUUCACUACCUUCCCUUAUCACUUAAGGACUACAACAAAUGGCCAGCUAUGCCUCCUUCUUGCAGGGAAGUGUUUGAUGAGUAUGGGAGAGAGUUGGUGAAGCUUGGUGGGAGGUUGAUGAAGGUUCUUUCAAUAAACCUUGGAUUGGAAGAGGGGUUUCUUCAAAAAGCUUUUGGGGGUGAGGAUAUUGGGUCGUGUCUAAGAGUGAAUUUUUAUCCAAAGUGUCCAAGGCCAGAGCUGACACUGGGUUUGUCAUCACACUCAGACCCAGGAGGUAUGACUAUGUUGCUUCCAGAUAACCAAGUACCUGGUCUUCAAGUCCGAAAAUGUGAUAAUUGGAUUACUGUGAAGCCUGCUCGCCAUGCCUUCAUUGUCAAUAUUGGUGAUCAAAUUCAGGUUCUAAGCAAUGCAAUCUACAAGAGUGUGGAGCACAGAGUGAUAGUAAAUUCAGAUAAAGAAAGAGUUUCCCUGGCCUUCUUCUACAACCCCAAAAGUGAUAUACCCAUAGAACCAAUAAAAGAGUUGGUAACACCGUGCAGGCCAGCACUCUACCCGACAAUGACCUUCGAUGAAUACAGGCUCUUCAUUAGAAUGAGAGGACCUCGUGGCAAAUCUCAAGUUGAAUCUUUAAAAUCUCCAAGAUGAUAAAUGUUCAAGGGCAUUCAUUGCUUACAUUGCAAUAACUCCAUUUCGAACAGUAUCUAUCGUUGAUAUAUAUAG